GUGUGCUCUGCCUUGCGUGACCGUACACUCGUUCGGGUGGUGAGGUAGCUCCAAACCAAGCUGCUGCCCUGUGUACGGCCCUCAGAAACUUCAAUGGCGCGCAUCAAACUUCAAGAAAGCUCAUCGCGAGUGCAAGAGGUCAUCAUCAAACGUUCUAUUACAGGGAGGGGAAUGAGGGGACGCUUGGUAUCCGUGAAGCGGGACAGAGUUCAUACACCUCCCCGUACUGAAGGGCGCGGAUCGACGCAGUCCUCAAGAACGAGCCACGGAACACAUAUUGCUGAAGAUGCCCCACAUCCGCUUGAGCGUGCUCCAAUUGACAUGCUGGCCCCAAUGAAUAUGCCCGCCCCAAAGGCACAAGCGGAUAUGCUCCGAGAAUGGCUCCCAUAUGAGGCUGAAUACCUCAGGGGCAUCUAUUCCUCCUCGGCGCCGCCGACCCCCAUGGCCGAUGGCUCAUACAAGUGCUUGGAUUGCAACAAGGCCGGAGCUCGGUGGAAGUGCGUGAGCUGUGUCGGCGCACCAAUUCUCUGCAGUUCUUGCUGCUUGGACGAGCAUCGCCGGGACCCGUUUCAUCGAAUUGAGGUCUGGGACGAGAAGGGCUGCUGGACACCUUCCUGGCUACGCAGCGUUGGCACCUGUAUUCAGCUGGGACAUCGGGGUGGCGCGUGUCCGGCUUCAUCUGCGCGCCCGGGGACAGAAGUCCAUGACUGCGAAGAUGAAGACAGUGACGCGGAGGACGAUGAGGAUAGCGCAAACGACGAUGAGGGCGAAGGACAGGAUGCAGCGGCUGCCGAAGAUCCCCUUGCGGCUGCGGACCGUCCGGCUAAGCCUCCGUCUUCUCAAAUGACGAUUGUCGACACAACGGGUGUGCAUUUUCUGCCCAUUAAGUGGUGUGGAUGCCCGUCCGCGCCGGGCUGGAGAUCACAGCUUUUAGCUAGCGGUCUUUUCCCCGCAAGCCAACGGUCUCCACGCUCGUGCUUCACGUUUCGUGUUCUCGACGACUACUUGAUCACCAAUGUGGAAUGCAAUACUAGCGCCAUGAACUAUUAUCGGCGGCUCCGGCGAGUGACGAAUCCAGCAUUUCCUCACGAGGUUCCGGAUCGGUACCGGGAAUUCAUGCGCGUGACACGGGAGUGGGCUCUCUUGCAAGCUAAGAAGACGUUCGGGUAUGGUCCGGAGUCACGCGGAAAGCCCGCUGACGGCGAGCUGGGGCACUUCUGCGUUGCCUGCCCGCAGCCCGGAGUCAAUAUUCCCGAGCAAUGGCAAGACGAGCCAAAACGGUAUCUAUAUGCCCGGAGCUAUGUUAUGGACGGUAAUUUCUCGGCGGAGCAAAUGAAGAUGCGGCGUCCUGAGAACGAUGUGCCCAUCAUGCCCGGGAAGAUGUUUCUUGUCCACGAUGGCCCAUACCAAGAGCAUCUUAAGGUGGCGAAAGACGUCAAAAUGACAUCGACAUGUAAUGACCACAAGGCUGUUUCGCAAGCGAAUGCGGAUCGCCACAAGCUCGCGGUUACCGGCAUUGGCGCAACGGCGUGCUCGCGUCACGGAUGCUUUGUGCCUCAUUCGGUUGUCAACUUUCAGAAGGGUGAACGUCAAAUGAACAUGGACUACUCAUUGUCCAACGCAAUACAGUACCGGGCACACGAGAAGCAGCCGGUCGUCGUGCUAUACGACAUUAUGUGUCAAUACGGUGUCCACCUUCGGAAGCGAUUUGCCGACAAUCCUCAUCUGUCUAUGCCACAAGACCUGACACUCUGGAAGGGUAUAGGUCUGUUCCAUGUCCAUGGUCACCAGGACAGCUGUGAGGUCCGGUACUCGCCCACGUUCAUGGCCGGUGCUGGGAAUGUUGACGGCGAGAUUUUGGAGACGAUGUGGGCAUCUCUCAAUCGGAUUUCAGGGACUACAAGGUCAAUGUCCUCAUCCCAUCGGCAAGAGACGUUAGAUCGGCACAUGAAUGACUGGAACUACAAGAAGAUGAUAACAAUCGUUGCUCUGCUACGGAAGCGCAUACAGGCGAAUCGCCCCCUGUUGUUGAAGAUGCGAAUGGCUUUGGAAGCCCAGGAAUCCGGGGUAAACGCUAAUGUCCUCGGGGAAUGGCGUCGGACAUUAGAAACAGCGCAGCAGAGGAGGUUGAAUGAUGUUGCCGCCAUGGAUAUCUUUAUGCUUCCGGAGCAAAGUGUGCCAUCAAAAGCUAGUCUGCAACUGAGACUGACAACUGAAGAAGGAAACGACGGCAUUCCAAUUGGCACAGCGGAUUGGCUCGCUGACGGCCUCAAGAUCGAGGAAGCACAGAUAAUGCUCCGCCAGGACAUCAAGCGAUGUGGCACAAAUGCGACGAGUGCUGCUAGGAUGAAACUGGCGAAGCGUCGCAAGGGGCUUGCAAAAAGUAUCAGCCAGUUCCAGAGCCGUGCAAACCGCAUUGCUCACGCGCUCAAUUGGGAUGUUGUCCGCGAUGAAACACCGGAAGAUGAAUGGGAGAAUGUGGAUGACGAUGAUGGGUCGUCCCGGGCAACUCCAGUGGGCGAGCGUCAUAAUCCAAUUGCACCGCGGAGACUACGAGGUCCAUUGGCGCAGGACACUCCGGAAAAUGUCGUUCUAAGCCUUCCGUCAAGAGCGUCACCUGAGAUGAUGAUGAAUGACCGGAGCCUACGGCGGUUGGCCCGUCGCGAGCGAACGCUACGCAAAGGGCAAGCCAAUGAUGCUCUACAUCGACUGAGGAUUUUGCUCAGCGAGAAGGCCUUCCAUUUUCGCCACCGCAUCCGUCCUUCCCGUGGAUCACAGCAGCGCAAGACAAGGGCCUAUGCCGGACUAGAGAAGAUUACGAGGGAAAUCCAAAGGUGCAGUGCUGUAUAUCGAGCUGCAAGAGCAGGCCUUGUGCGGCUCAAAAUGAACCGGCAAGAUCAGAAAGUAUACAAACGUCUUAGACCGACGGACCUCAAAGUCAGCACCGCCAUUGCCGAGCCAAAUGCUCGCGGCCAACGACAUGCGACACUGCCCUGGAUCUGGACAGUCAACAUCCAACAGGAUAUGGAUGAUCAUCAGCACAUGCAUUUGGUGCACCGAGUACAUUGGUUCCGCGCUCGGUCACAGCUUGACCGGGCUUUGGAGGAGUCAGCAAUUCUCAAACGGGAGUUACAAUCGACGACAAUGUACUUUCAGCACGAGCGAAGGCGGUGGCUGCGCAUGGCUAGCGACAUCGUUGACGAAGGGUGGCCCGGAUAUGCCGAACACUGUCGGCAAACCGCUGGCAUUUACCAAUUGCUUGCCGGAGAUGCAGAAUUAGCAUAUACGCAGCUGUAUGUUGAGCAGAACCCCCUGGGGUAAUUUAUUGUGUCCAAGGUUUGGGAUGCCAAUUUGUAUCGCC